UCGACCCGGAAGUGAUUAGGACAUGGUUCGUUAUCUUUCUAUGAAGCCACCUGCUAAAAUGUCUAAACUAACGUCUCUAUUUGUAAUCUUCUUUUCUUUAUUUGUCAUGAGUGAAGCUGUCUUCGAAGAUCAAGUUGGCAAAUUUGAUUGGAGACAGCAGUAUGUGGGGAAGACGCUCUUUGCCCACUUUGACUCGCAUUCGCAGUCGUCUAAAAAGCUGUUUAUCGCCACCGACAAGAAUAUCUUUGCGUCUUUCAACUCCAGGACUGGAGAGCUCUUUUGGAGACAUGUUGACAAGGCGGGACCAGAGGGAACCAUAGAUAUACUUUUGCUGCAUGGACAAGAUGCUCUGAUGGUGGUUGGAGGUGGUCGUUUGCUCCGUUCCUGGGACACAAACGUGGGCGGGCUGAACUGGGAGGCAGUGCUGGAUACUGGCAGCUUCCAGGCUGCGUGUUUUGUGGCCAUACAGGACACAGUAAAGCAUGUCGCGGUGCUUAAGAAAGCUGCCAUCUCUCUCCACUAUCUCACCAAUGGACACCAGAAAUGGGUGGAAAACCUGCCUGACAGUGAUACGGUCCAGUAUCAGGCAGUGUACUCUGGGGGAGAAGAGGAGGUCUAUGUGUUGGGGGUGGUUCCUAACUCUCACCUCACUAUCAUAGCCUACAGCCUAGAGGAUGGAGAGAUCAUCAAGCAGAGGUCAGUUGAAGCCCCGUGGCUGUCCAGUGUUGAGUCCAGCUGUGUGGUGAUUGGUCAAGGGGUGCUGAUGUGUGUGGAUCCCGCCACUCUCUCCCUCUACACCCUCCCGAUACCGGCUGAGGAGGCGCCACAGUUCAACCACAUCCUACUGCAGUCUCUGGAUCUGGAGGUGUCCCCAGGCUUCCAGCCCGUCCUGGUGUCCAGCCAGCCCCACCCGGCCCGCUCCCCCAUCUCUGAGUUCUUUCUCCAGCUCGGACCAGACCACCAUGUCCUGCUACAGCUCAAUGCUGAUGGAUACACCAUCGCGCCACUCAGAGACUUCCAGCCGGCGUUCUUGGUUUCAUUUGCCACCACAGGGGAGAAGACUGUUGCUGUCGUCAUGACUCCCAAAAACGAAACCGCUUGUGAUGUCAAUCUGUUCAGCGCUGAUUCAGGUCGUAGGUUGUUGGACACAACCGUCAUCUUUCCCCUCGAUCUUAACGGUGGGAAACCCUUCAAGCUGUACGUCCAUGCCUUCCUGAAGAAGGACGACUCUGUGGGCUACAGGGUCCUCGUGCAGACACAGGACCAUGCUCUCACCUUCAUACAGCAGCCAGGACGUGUGGUAUGGACCAGAGAGGAGGCCCUAGCGGAUGUUGUUACCAUGGAGAUGGUGGACCUGCCUCUCACUGGCACCCAGGCGGAGCUGGAGGGGGAGUUUGGCAAGAAAGCUGACGGGUUGCUCCCCAUGGUCCUGAAGCGUCUGUCAUCCCAGGUGAUUCUGCUCCAGGUGUGGCUGGCCCACCUGUGGAAGCUGUUCUACGAAGCCCGUAAACCCCACGGCCAGGUUAAGAACGAGGUCACCAUAGAAACGUUGUCCAGGGAUGAGUUCAACCUGCAGAAGAUGAUGGUUAUGGUCACGGCCUCGGGGAAGCUGUUUGGCAUCGACAGCAAGUCAGGCUCUAUUCUGUGGAAGCACUACCUGGAGAAUGUCCAGCCCAACGCAGUUUUCAAACUGAUAGUCCAGAGGACCACCGCUCACUUCCCACAUCCCCCACAAUGCACUCUGCUCAUCAAGGACAAGGACACUGGCCUGGCCUCCCUGCAUGUGUUCAACCCCAUAUUUGGCAGGAAGAGUCACAUCGCCCCGCCAGCCCUGCCCCGCCCCAUCCUCCAGUCACUGCUACUACCUGUUAUAGACCAGGACUACGCCAAGGUCCUGUUGCUGGUCGGCGACCAAUACAAGGUAACGUGA